GAGGCGGUGGGUGGUGGGAGGAAGCCUGGAGGAAAACAUUAGCUCUCGUCACUCCCUCGUAGUUUGGAGAGUUUCUUGGUUCUUGAUUAUUCCCCGGAUCGCAGCCGGGACGCGCCGCACGAAGCCAGGACGCACGACUGGUAUGAUGGAUAGAUAGCAGAAGGAGGAAGAGAAGAUGUCUUUCUUUGGCCUGGACUGUGUCAGGAAGAAAGAGAUAGAGCUGGAGAGGAAACUCCGUGCCAACGACAGAGAAUACAACCUGUCCUUUAAAUAUGCAACAAACGCCAUCAAGACCUCCAAGUACAACCUGUUCACCUUCCUACCUCUCAACCUGUUUGAGCAAUUCCAGAGGAUUGCAAACGCCUACUUCCUUUUUCUGCUGGUGCUCCAGGUGAUUCCUCAAAUCUCCUCCCUGUCCUGGUUCACCACUGUUGUGCCUCUGGUCCUCGUGCUAUCAGUCACUGCUGCUAAGGAUGCCACUGAUGACAUUAACCGUCACAGGAGCGACAAUCAAGUCAACAACAGAAAAGCUCAAGUCCUCAUCGAUAGAAAACUACGCAGCGAGAAAUGGAUGGACGUUCAGGUGGGAGACAUCAUCAAGCUGGAAAACAACCAGUUUGUCACUGCCGAUCUGCUUUUGCUCUCCAGCAGUGAACCACUCAACCUGGUCUACAUCGAGACAGCAGAGCUGGAUGGAGAAACUAACCUGAAGGUGAAGCAGGCCCUGCCGGUCACAGGAGACCUUGGAGAAGACAUUGAAAAACUGGCAGACUUUAACGGCGAGGUACGCUGUGAACCCCCCAACAACCGGCUCGACCGCUUCACGGGAACACUGACGUUUGCCGGUCAGAAAUACCCGCUGGACAACGAGAAGAUCCUGCUGAGAGGCUGCACCCUGAGGAACACCGAGUGGUGCUUUGGGCUGGUGCUGUUUGGAGGUCCAGAGACAAAGCUAAUGCAGAACUGUGGGAAGAGCACAUUCAAGAGGACCAGUAUAGACCGUCUGAUGAAUGUCCUUGUCCUCUGUAUUUUUGGUUUCCUGGCCUUCAUGUGCACCAUCCUGGCGAUAGGAAACUGGAUCUGGGAGAUGAACGAGGGCUCACAGUUCAUGGUCUUCCUGCCGAGGCAAGACGGCAACGAUGCUGCUUUCUCCGCCUUCCUCACAUUUUGGUCCUACGUCAUCAUCCUCAACACCGUGGUGCCCAUCUCUCUCUAUGUUAGUGUGGAGUUCAUCCGGCUGGGGAACAGCUUCUACAUCGACUGGGACAGGAAGAUGUACUACGCUCGCAGUGACACCCCCGCUGAGGCUCGGACCACCACCUUGAACGAGGAGCUGGGCCAAAUCAAGUAUGUCUUCAGCGACAAAACGGGGACGCUUACUCAGAAUAUCAUGACAUUCAACAAGUGCUCCAUCAACGGCAAAUCCUACGGAGAUGUGUAUGAUUGCACCGGCCAAAGGCUAGAAAUCACUGAGCAUACAGAGAGGGUGGACUUCUCCUUCAACUCUCUGGCUGAUCCCCGCUUCAUAUUCCACGACCACGCCCUGGUGGAGGCGGUGAAGCUGGAGAACCCAGAGGUGCACGCCUUCUUCAGACUGCUGGCCCUCUGCCACACCGUCAUGGCUGAGGAGAAGAAAGAAGGUGAGCUCUUCUACCAGGCUCAGUCUCCAGACGAGGGAGCUUUGGUAACAGCAGCCAGAAACUUUGGUUUUGUCUUCCGCUCACGUACACCGGACAGCGUUUCCAUUGUAGAAAUGGGACAGCAGCACAGCUACGAACUCCUGGCCAUCCUGGACUUCAACAACGUCCGCAAGAGGAUGUCAGUCAUAGUUCGGACUCCAGAGGGGAAGCUCUCUCUCUACUGUAAAGGUGCAGACACGAUCAUCUACGAGAGGCUGCAUCAGUCCUGCAGCAAGCUGAUGGACGUCACUACAGAGCACCUUAACGAGUUUGCAGGGGAGGGUCUACGGACGCUGGCGCUGGCCUAUAAGGAUCUGGAUGAGGAGUAUUUCAACCAGUGGCAACAGCGCCACCACGAGGCCAGCACUACGCUGGACGACCGGGAGAGCAAACUGGACCAGCUGUACGAGGAGAUUGAGAAGGACCUGCUGCUGCUCGGAGCAACAGCCAUAGAAGACAAGUUACAGGACGGAGUACCUCAGACCAUCGAGCUGCUGUCCAAGGCUGACAUCAAAAUCUGGGUUUUGACCGGUGACAAGCAAGAAACGGCAGAAAACAUCGGUUACUCAUGCAACUUACUGCGAGAAGAGAUGACUGAGGUCUUCAUCAUCUCAGGCAACACACCCGAGGACGUCAGAGAGGAACUGAGGUCAGAGCGAGUUCUCAAAAACUCAGUUUCAGUUCAGAUUGUAAGUGAAUCACUCAGCGACUGUCGCCUUCACAAGCUGAUUAUGAAACUUUUUUUUGUUUUUUUCUUGUGGAGCAGAAAUGCCAGAACCUCCAUGAAACCAGACGCAGUGGAUUCAAUGUUUUUCCCGCAGAAGACGCUGGUUAACGGUGUGAAAGCGAUCACAGACGAGGUGGUGAAUGGAGAGUACGGCCUGGUUAUCAACGGCCACAGUCUGGCCUACGCCCUGGAGCGCAGCGUGGAGGUGGAGUUCCUGAGGACAGCGUGCAUGUGUAAAGCAGUGAUCUGCUGCAGGGUCACUCCUCUGCAGAAGGCUCAGGUGGUCGAGCUGGUCAAAAAGUACAAGCAGGCGGUCACACUGGCCAUCGGAGAUGGAGCCAACGACGUCAGCAUGAUCAAAGCGGCUCAUAUAGGCGUGGGCAUCUCUGGUCAGGAGGGCAUGCAGGCCGUGCUGUCCAGCGACUACUCCUUCGCCCAGUUCCGCUUCCUGCAGUACCUCCUGCUGGUGCACGGCCGCUGGUCCUACCUGCGCAUGUGCAAGUUCCUGCGCUACUUCUUCUACAAGAACUUCACCUUCACCUUCGUCCACUUCUGGUACGCCUUCUUCUGCGGCUUCUCUGCACAGACGGUGUAUGAUGAGUGGUUCAUAACACUGUACAAUCUGGUGUACACAGCACUACCUGUACUGGGAAUGAGUCUGUUUGAUCAGGAUGUGAACUGCAAGUACAGUUUCCAGCAUCCUCAGCUCUACAUCCCCGGUCAACUCAACCUGUACUUCAGCAAGACGGCCUUCUUCAAGUGCGCCCUCCACAGCUGCUACAGCUCUCUGGUGCUCUUCUUCAUCCCUUACGCAGCCAUGCAAGACACGGUGAGGGACGACGGCAAGGACGUCGCCGACUACCAGUCCUUCGCCCUCCUAACCCAGACGUGUCUGCUGUUUGCCGUCAGCAUCCAGUUGGGGUUUGAGAUGUCGUACUGGACGGCGGUCAACACUUUCUUCGUUCUGGGCAGCCUGGCCAUGUACUUUGCUGUCACAUUCACCAUGUACAGUAACGGCAUGUUUCUCAUGUUGCCAUCAGCCUUUUCUUUCAUAGGAACAGCCCGAAACUCUCUGAACCAGCCGAACGUUUGGCUGACGAUCCUCCUCACCUCCACUCUGUGUGUCCUUCCCGUGAUUACCUACCGCUUCCUGUUGAUUCAGCUCUGCCCCACCAUCAAUGACAAGGUGAUGUUCAAGGUGAGACGGACCAAACCGGCACCUUCCCCUCCUGCUCGACGCACCCGUAUGCGCCGCACCAGCUCCCGCCGUUCGGGCUACGCCUUCUCGCACGCGCAGGGCUAUGGUGACCUGGUGACGUCCGGCCGGUUCCUGCGGCGUCCUGCUGUGUCGCGAUCUUCAGCUUUUACCAACGCGGGCCGCACCACCAUGGGCUUCAGUCCCAUGGGACGAUCGGCCGGAUACAGCCCGACGUCCCGCCCCCAGGCCGCCAAGGUCGAGGAUGUGGAGGGGAUGUCUCUUCAGAUGUACAGGACUAUCAAAGAUUCCACACUCUGACAGACAGGAAGAACACGCUAACGGGAAAGCUGAAUGACACAGGCAGUCAGAGGUGUUUGAAGCUCACUUUUGUACAUUUGUUAGCAUGAAGAACUCGCUCGGGCUCUCCACAGAACUUCAUGUCAACAAAUUUUCAAAAUCCGUCUCUCAUCUACACAGUCACCCAAGACGUGUUCUGAAGAGCAUGUGACUUUUGCUCUGAGCAUUUUAUUUUGUAGGAGUUUAUCAAAGGGAACUGCAGCAAAAUGUGUAGCUGCCUCUGAUGGGUGCGAGGAAGACUUUCCUUAGAUCAUGAGUGUUCAUGUCAAACAUCCUCAUGCAGAGCGAACAGAUGAGAGACUGAUGAACGAAGUGUUUCUGACACUAGAAACAGUAACGGUGUGAUUCAUCUUCCAGUAGGAACAACCACAGAAGGGAAAGGAAACAUGUUCAUGCUUCAUGAGAAGGAGAAAAUCAUGUUUACAGACUACCAGGACUUUUGUUGACCCUGGGAGUCCAGAUGCACAGCAGGGCUUUGUACAGAGGAAACAACCAGCAAAGCCAUGUUGCAUAAGAUAUUUUAAUUUUUGUACCUUAAGCAUCUUUUAUUUUCCUAUCUUAAAGGCUGUGCUAGCAGUUAGCACUUUGGCAGCGUCACACGGCGAUGGGAGAUAUUUGAAAGAUAAACAUCUUUCUUCUCAGUGGAGAAGAAAAACAGAAAAAAAAAAAAAUUUGCAGCAGGAUUCAGCAUCUUCAAAAGACAGGGAUAUUUAAAUCAUAAGCAUCAGUGCCACUGAGUAAUGAGACAUACUUUAUAUUUUAAGGGUUUAUAAGUUGUAAAAAAUAGUUUUAUUAUCAAUCAGAAAAUGAAGGAUUAUUGUUUAACAGAAAAUUUACAAAUUAUUAAUUUUGGAUCGCCAGUUUGCAAAAACCUUUGUUUGUGGAUGUUUAUCCUUCUCUUGUGUAACUUUUAAAUAGUUCUUCAAAGCAUCUUGAUAGGUUAUUGGUGAUUGGUUUGGACCUCCUAAGGGAUCACAAAUAAAUCUGGGGUGGUCAAGAGGAAGGAAAAAACAUAUUUCUGCUACAAGAAUCAUGUUUGUUUUAUUUCUGACCUCUCAUUAAAAUGUGAAAUACUGAGUAGUUUUCUUCUCCAGGCCCCUAAAAACAAAUCAAAUGAAGCAGUCUGGGAACUUUGUCUUUGUUUGAACUUCUCCCAACUCAUGACCAUGGAGAUAACAACAAAUACUUACUACUAGUAAAAUUUAAUGUAUUGACAAGGUUAUUUUGCAUAAAAUUUGUCUUAGUUAACUAGUAAACAAUUUAUAAAGUAUUCCUUAUUACAAAGUGGCACCAAAUCUUCUGCAGGAUGAAAUCUAACCUGUGCCUUGGUGUUAAAGUCGAGGGUUUACACUCUGAGUUGCUCUCCAAUAAAAGCAACUGAGAGUCUAAAAGGCUGUAUUCCAGCCGGCUGUAUUACAUGUGGAGGUAUCAUGUUUUCAUCAUGUUUAGAUCUAAUUAUUAUAGUUCAAUAUUUUCACCAGAAAAUCCCUCAAAUGCACCUCGAGAUCUAAUUUAUCGUCUGCAGCUGCUGAGCAAACUACAAAAGAAAAAUUCACAUUUUCACCCCGUAAAACAGCAGGAGAGGUGAACUGCGCGACUGUGCAGGAACUAAUUUGUAGUACACACCUGUUCAGGUUGUUCACUUUAACAACAAUCACUCAACAUCUACCCGUGAUCUACCCCACACACUACAGAGUUGACUGCAUGGUCCUUUUAAUCCAUUCAGAGACACAUUAGGAUUCAUAUCCGUCCGCAUGUCUGUCAGAGCCGAUGAUGUGAUCAGAUCACAUGGGACGUAUUUUAGUGCCAAGUCUGAAUAAACACUGCUUAGGUGAUUUAUACCUCAUUUUAGAAUCAGUCUAUCAGAUAUUGUAUUACAUCAUGUAUUUGCUUUUGCUGUUACCGUAGGUCUGACAGUCAGCUCUGUGGUUAGCAGUAUUUCUAACCAAACAUGUAAAAACACAGAAUAUUUUCACUGUUCUUUCAGCUGACUGAAAACAUGAGCUAACUUAAAAGAAAACACAGAAGGUGCCUUAAUAUUGAAAGAAAAAGAAAUUAAACAAUAAUGGCAAGAAUGUAUGAUUGAAGAUAAGUGUGUUAAAAUUACAGGUUUUAUGCAACACAGUCAAGGACAAGCAUUCAUUUUCAGGAGACAAUUUUAUUUUUAUACAGUCAGGUUUAUUUUUAGUGAUAACAGCUGGACAGCUGCAACUUUAAUUUAUUAUUUGGUGUGUGAAGGUUUAUAGAACAGUCCAAAUUAAAUUUUAUUAUUUGCAAAAUAAUUGAUAGUUGCCCAUAUUUUUUAUGCAAUUACUGGUUACUACAGUUCAGUUUAAACUGUUAAACAGCUGUUGGAUGUCUUGACGUUGUAAACCUGUAAACCAGCUUUAAUGUUUUGUGUUUGUGAACAUCUGUUACCACAGUGUGACUGAGACAGAAUUGAAUGCACUAACUCUAACCCUGCUGGUGAACCAAUGAUUUUUUAAGGCUUUGUGCGUCAACACAUUUCAAUAUUUACUCUGAAGUGUUCUUCACGGGAAUAUUUCAGAGUCUGGAUAUGUAGAGGAAACAUUUGUUGCAUGUUUGUAAAAGAUGUUGGAUGUCAGAUGUUACCAGUUUCAUUACACAGGGGCCCAUUUCAUUGUGAGCACUGCUUACAAACAGUUCACAGAUAGUGAGGGCUCCACAUUUACAGCUACACAGCAGCGGAUAAAUAUGCAAAUCAUACAGCGCUAUUUUAUGCUCAUGUGAGGGUCAGAAGAACGUCAUUCAUUUUGAUUAGUCAAACAUAUCAAAAUGUGCAAGAGAAAAAUUAUCUCAUGAUGCAGAUGUGCUGAAACGACCCCUUCAAUCACACCACGUAGAGCUCUGUGUACAGUAUUAAUGCAGAAUAAAUGAAUUCAGAGAGGCCACUACAUGGUCAAAUCAUGCAUUGCAAGUAUUUUUUCCAUUAUUACUGUGGUACUUUCCAAAAUAAAUAGCAGCCAUAAAGAUAACUUUAAAUGUUUCUGAUGUUUAUCAAUAUAUUCCUAUCAUUAUAUCUCCUGCCCUGAAGACUGAAACUGUAACUUGACCAUUUCUCAAACAUGACAAAAAAAUCGAAUGAUUUUUGAACUGCUCUUCCUCAUAACCAUUUUGUAUAAUUUUGUACUUUAAAAAGUUUAUACUGCAAUAAAAAAGAUCAAGAUGA